AUGCGCUUCUCACCAUGUCUGCUCAUUGCGGGCCUUUCGACCGGCGUCCACGCCUUCUAUCCCUAUGAGCUCAAGGUGGGGGCUUCUGCCAGCAUUUCAUCCAGAGAGAAUGUGCAUCGUCGAUUCUUCCCCUGGACGUUGGUGUCCGACAGCUCCGACGAUGCCACCGAUGCUAAACCAUUGACCCUGGACAUCAAGAAGGUCCCCGUUCGCCGUGAUGAUACUUAUUCAAUUGUCAAGUCCAACACCCCGACAGUGGCAAACAGUGCCCCUCUCGACCAGGAUGGCCAGGACUUUUCUUAUUUCUCCGUGGUCGAGGUGGGCUCGCAAAAGGAGGAAAUGUGGCUCGCUCUCGAUACUGGAUCGCCGAGCAGUUGGGUGUUCAGCUCCAGCUGUACCGACAAGGUCUGCACGACUCACCACACCUUUGACAAGUCCGCUUCCAGUUCCUACGUCUCCAGUUCUUCGGCCUUCAGUGUUGGUUAUGGCAGCGGAAUGGUCGAGGGCGACCUGGGACAGGAUGUGUUCAACAUCGCAGGCAUGGACGUGACCUUUACUUUCGGAACAGCCACCUUCGCCAACGAUACUUUCUCCAGCUACCCAAUCGACGGUAUCCUCGGCCUCGGUCGAUCACAAACUGGAGGCUGGACUAUUCCUUCGUUCAUGGACAUUGUCGCCAAAGACAAGUACAUCACGUCGAAUAUCGUCGGAUUCAGCCUUUCCCGCGCCAGCGAUGACAAGAAGGAUGGGGAAGUCAACUUUGGAACAGUCGAUACAACCAAGUUCGAUGGAAACAUCUCCUACACGUCCACAAACUCAGAUGCCUGGACGAUCCCCAUGGAUGAUGCCUACGUGAAUGGCCAAGCUACCAACUUGACUGGCAAAUCCGCCACCAUCGACACGGGAACCACUUACAUCCUCAUUCCCCCGGCCGAUGCCCAGACCCUUUUCGCGCAAAUCCCAGGAUCCACCCAGUCAGGUGAAAACUACAUUAUCCCCUGCAAUUCGACUGCAACCCUGGAGCUUUCCUUUUCAGGAAUCAAAUACUCCAUCUUGCCGGAUGACUACAUUGGCGCAUCGAGCACUGGUGGCUGUGUGUCCACCAUUGUCGGUCACCAGUCAUCAGGUGCCAACGACUGGCUUGUCGGCGAUGUCUUCUUGAAGAAUGUCUACUCAGUCUUUGACUUUGAUAAUGGUCAGAUCGGGUUUGGAACUCUGAGCUCGUCCAACUCGACUGGAAAUGGAACUUUUGUCGCGCCGAGUGUUACCGCUACUACCGCUGCUGCUACUGCUGCCGCCGCCUCUACCGCUGCCACCAUCGGCGGAUCUACUACCAAUUCCUCCAUAACCCCGACGACAACUUCGGAUACAGUGAUGCACACUGGUGCUGCGUCUCGUCUGUCUCAAGGCGUGGGCCUAUCCCUGCUCACAGCAUUUACUGGAAUGCUCUUCAUCUAG